GGCGGGCAUGGGGAGGAAGAGUAAAAUCUGUCACAACUGGGACUGUUCCUCAUAAAGCAGAAGAGCCCCAGACAAUGCACUGGUCUCUACGCCUCCACCCAACUGGGAGUUGCCUUUCUGGAAUCAUAAACUUAUAUGGAAAGGAAAUUUAGAGUUCACCAAGUCCAGAGAUUCUUACCCUGAAGUCCCUGAACUUAAAAUUUAAAAAAACAAAACAAAACUGAAUUUCAAUAUAAUUUGUUUCCUUUGUAAUCUUACACAUUUAAUUUUAUGCAAUUCAAAACACUAAGGGGUCAAUGAAAAAGGUUAAGAACCUCUAUACCUCUCUGCCUUUCCUUUCUUCAUCUUCACUAAGAUGGUCAUAUUCCAGUGAGGGUCUAGAAAUUCUGACCUCACCUCCGUAGAAGAGACUGGUGUGUGUGGAAUCAAUUGGCUGUAUUGGGAACUUGAAGGCUUGUGGGUGGAACAGAAGCAGAACUCUAGGAGACAAACACAGGUGGAAAAUAGCCUGGUAGACACGGAUUGGGGGACAGCAGACCCCACCCAGAAACCACCAGAUAGGACAUGAAUUAUUGAGGAGAACCCUGGAGGCUCCAGAACCAUGACAAGCAGCAGCAAGCAGGUUGGGUCUGCAACAGUGACAGUGGUUGUGGAAGUAGCAUCCUUGCCGGAGGCAGGUCACGACACCUGCAGCCCCAGAUUCCUUUUAGAUGGCUCUCAAAUGCUCCUGCUAGAUCCAGGAGACCCUGAGGAGCACCGAUUCACGUUUGACAGAGUCCUAGGCCCAGAACAUGCACAGGAAGCAAAGCAGGAGUUUUUGGAGAAUAUUCGGGCUGUGCUGGGCUCAGUCUCCAGAGGGUACAGUGUGUCUGUGCUGAUCAGGGGCAGAGAAGCCCAGCAACUGGAUCAGGUUCCCCAGCUGCUGGCAAUGCUGUUUGAGGAGAUUCAACCCCCAGGUGCUUCUGAACCUUCCCUCAGGACCCUGAGUCUAGUGCAGCUCAAUUCUAGCGGUAGGGGUCGAGACUUACUAUUACCUGGAACUAGCGACCUGAGCUUGCUGGAUGUGUACCCACUGGGUCUGGUAGUGGAAGGAGUUAGUGAAGCAGAGGUCCUUGACUCCAAGUCUAGCUGCCAACUCUACCUCAAGGCAAUGGAAGGCUUGGACAGUACCUCUUCCCUUCUCACUGUGACUAUAUCCUGCCUGGGGCCCAGCACCAUAAAGAGGCCCUGGGCCAGAGGCAUGUGGCGGGGCUCGUUGAGAGUCCUACAGCUUCCAGAAGCUAGGGACUGUCCUUUAUUGCUGGCACUGGCAGGGAAGGCUUCUAAGGCCCAAAUGGGCUCUUUGCCUUGGAUUGUGACUCGGUUACUCUUCGGGAAUAGUUACAGUAGCCUGCUGCUCCACUUGGAUCCCCAAGCUACCCCCUUGAACCUGCUCCUGGCCUCACUAUCAGGGGCCACAGGAGCUCGGGACCCAGCCCAGUUGAAACAGGUUUCUCCCACACUGUGGGAUGCUUCAGAAGAAAUACAGGCCCGGCGUGCAGCUGUUCAGGAUCUUCGCUCUGGGCUCUCUGGAACUGUUCUACAGGAGAGCCAGCUUACCCAGCUGAGUCUGGUACUCAGGGAAUUGAAGGUACUGAAAAACCAAAGCCGGUACUGGGAGACUAGGCUGCUCAAGGGAGCUGGAGCCUCUGCACCUAGGCUUCUGAACCUGCAGGUGCCAGAACUAGAAGAGGCCUUUUUCCCUGUUUUCCAGAAGCACCCCCAAGCAAGAACUUCAGAAACUCUGGGCCUGGGGAGGAAGCCACACCUGCCAGCAGCACCAAGAAACUACCCUCUUGGGGCCUCCAAGAAACAGGCCUCUGAUGUGGCACUGCAGUUUAUGUUAGCACGAGCCCAUAGGCAGCUGCUUCAGGAACACCACCAAUCCCAGAUCCAAGAGCAGCUGAGCUGCUUGGGAAAGAACAAGGAAACAGCAGCAGAUCAGGCCCCAGACCUAUCUGCUGAGUGCCCAAGCUGGUGGCAGGAUCACACAGCACUGGUCUUGCAGCUGGAGGCACUAAGAGUGGAGCGAGAUGCAGCUGAACGGGACCUAGAGGCCCUGUAUGAGCUACAUGUGCAAGGAGCCCGGGCCCAGACCUGCCACAUGCUGCAGCAUAGGUGUUCCGGGCUUGCCGGAGGCUGUGGAAGGAGCAGGCUGCUGCCAGGGAGUUCCAUCACCGAGUCCUGUUGGCUGGAGUCUUACAGGAUGCUGUCUCACUGGCCGCGCAGAACCAACAACUCCAACUCCAGAACAAGAAGCUUCGGCAGGGUGAGGAUUAUGAGGAGGAGGAGGAUAGGGAGGAAGUGGGGUUCAAACUGUUCUUCUGAUUUCAAUCCACAAGUCUGUCUUGAACUACAGGGGAAUGGCAUCAGGGGAUAUGAGGUUGGGGUGCCAGCCUCAAUCUUCCAGUAGGGCAUCAUCGAUUCUCUGUCCCCUAUCUCCCAACAGAAAGCACGGAGGGGAGAAAAAAAGUUUGAGCUCUGGCAAUCGGCCCUGACACCUUUUUCUUAAAGUAAAGGUAUUCAGAACAGACAUGGUCCCAGAGUCAUACCUGUUCUGUAGGAGUCAAAUUAAAAUAUUUACUGAUCCUGUCAA